AUGGCGAAGUCUCAUCGUCCGAGACAUUAUUUCGGCUUCCACUACCUCCUUAUGAGGUUUCUCGGCCUCGGCUGGUGGCAUCAUCCCGAGAAACGGGACACCAGAAACUUUCCAGGCUGGUAUCUGUACUACGCCAUCAUAACUGAACUGGUAUGGGUUGUCGGAUUUGUCGGCUUAGAGACAAUAGAUCCGUUCAUUGGCGAAAGGGAUCUUGACCAAUUCAUGUUUAGUCUGUCUUUCGUUAUUACCCACGACCUAACAUUGAUAAAGCUCUACAUAAUCUUCUUCAGAAACGAUGAGAUCCAAGAAACUGUGCGGACUUUAGAGAUAGACGUACAGGAUUACUACCAGAACCAUGAGAAAACCCGAAAGACUAUCAGACUCUCGAGGAUCCUCACAGGAUCUUUUAUCUUCUUCGGCUGGUUGACUAUAGGGAAUGCAAGUAUAUAUGGAGCUGUCCAAGAUUUCAAAUGGAAGAAGACUGUAGCUCUUCUCAAUGACAGUUCUUUAGCACCCGACCGUUCUCUUCCCCAGCCUAUUUACAUACCUUGGAAUUAUCAGAAAGAUUCGUCAUUUAUACCCACUUUUGCUUUAGAAACCGUUGGUCUUUUGUGGACUGGUCAUAUUGUGAUGACGAUAGACACAAUGAUCGGAUCAAUUAUCCUCCACAUGAGCUCUCAAUUCUCGAUUUUUCAAGAAGCUGUAGUAACUGCUUAUGAUCGUACUAUUGCGCAACUGUACGAUCGUAUGCCUUAUGACGUCGAUGGUAAUGAAUUGCAGUCAGAAAAUUUGAAUGAAUUUGACAAGUAUGAGAGAGCUGUAAGAGAAACUUAUUCGGAAGAAGAGAUUGGAAAAGCGUUGGAGGCUACAUUGAGGGAUUGCUUUCGCCAACAUCAGUUAUUGAUCAGCCUCUACUAG